AUGUCUAUCCGAAAACAAACCAUUUGGAAUCCAGAAAAAGACUCCUACGGAUUUGUAGACUUUGGAAAUGAGAUUCCUAAUGAACAUUUAGAAAAAUUGGCCACAGAAGCUUUGGUUUUUCUUCUGGUAGGCACCAGAAGUCAUUGGAAAUGUCCAGUGGGAUACCUCUUGGCUGAUAAAAUGAAUGCAAAGGACCAAGCCACACUGGUAAAAAGUGUCUUGAAAAAGCUGCAAAUGCUAAUCUAAAAGUGUGGUCAGUAACAGCUGAUGGCACAGCUGUUAACAUUAGUACAUUCAAAACACUGGGUUGCAAAUUUUCUGGUAACUAUGAAUCCAUCAAAAGCUCUUUUAAGAAUCCAACAACCAAAUAUGUCUUUGUGAUACUCGACCCUGGUAAGAGCUUCAGAAUAUUCAAGAACAAGGGUUGAAAAGGGUUGAACCUGGCAGACAAACUGUCCUCAAAUCACAUACAAUUUCAGUUACACUGUUACAGAUGUGAUUGAGCUUCAUGCAUAUUUAAUAAAUUUAGUAAAGGCACUUACAUGUUUACAACUUUACAAUACCACUUUGAAUCUCUGAUCCAUGUUGUUUGUGCACACAUUCAAUUUGAACGAAAAAAAUGUUUCAUUUCCCCGAUUUACCGAUCUAAUACACGUAUGAAAAGUUAUGAUUCGUACUGUAUUGAAUGAAAAUUUAACCAAUUGCCUUCCUUUUCAAUCACAUGUUGCUAUAAUGCAUGUUGGUUGGCUGUCGCUGUUCUUCGGCACCACGCAGGAAACGUGCAGUGAAUUUUACCUCCAGACACACGUGUCUGGAGGUAAAAUCUGGCUUCAGGCAAGUCUGGGCAUGUUCAGUUAAGGUAGCGUUCCAUAUAUUUUAGUUCAAUGGAUCCCACAUAUGCUACAGACCGCAUUGUGAGUUACUCCACAACAAUUACACCUUGGAUUACCUGGAAUUUCUAAGUUUCCAACUUCAGCGAUUUAAUGAUUUAAUAUUUAAAAAACAAGGCGAAAGACCCCUUUUGCAAAGCCUCAAAGAUGAAGUGGAAGGACUCAUAAAGUCUAUUUCAGCUGAUUUUAUGGAUGUCCGUCAUGUCAAAGCCACCAACCCGAAAGACGUUGAUCCUAAAAAUGUCAGUUUCCAUGUUCCCUUGCAUGAAGUCUACCUUGGUUUGGCAGCCACUACAACCAUAAAUGAAAUACAGCAGGCCACAAGUGAAGAUGAUGUUGACAUGCAUAAUUUUUUAGAGAAUUGCAGGAACUUUCUCAUUGAAAGUAUUGAGCAGAUCCAACGAAGAUUUGAUUUAGGUGCCGAGAUUCAUGAUGUAGUCCAGUGCACUUUGCCUGGGAGAGCUGCAGCCCGAGUUCCAUCUUCCCUAGCAAAUGUUGUUAAGAAGUUGCCACAUCUAAAUACCAUAUUAGAUACUGAGAAGCUUGAUGGUGAAUGGAGAGAGCAUGUGUUUGAAGAAAAGCUCAACCCUGACCUCACCUGGGAGGAAUAUUGGCUGAUUGUUAGAGAUGCCAAGGUGUCUUCGGGAGAGCCAAAAUAUCCAAAUUUGACAAAAUUUGUUGAAGUAGUGGCUUCAUUUCCAUUCUCCAACGCACCUGUUGAGAGGCUGUUUAGUUUAUUGAAGAGAAUCAAGACUGAUGAUCGGACACGCUUAAAAUCUUCAUCAUUGGUUUCUCUGCUACAGUGUAAGUUAGCAAUUAAGAAUGGCAGAUAUAAUGCAGCCACCCUUACACCAGUGAAGGCUGCAUUGGAGCUGAUUUCUAAAAUGAAAUCCAGUGCUUUUGAUGGAGAAGCUAAAUCUUUAAAAAAGCAAUUCUUGGACAAACUAUUUAGUUAA